UAUCUCUCCUCUUCUACAUUUUCUCCACUUCCCCUACAGUUCCCCACGUCACUCUAAACGCUGAUGUUGAUUACUCCUUUGUAUUCUCGCUUGAGAAAUUCCUAACACACUCCGAAUCUCAUACUAGAGUUCCGGAUGAUACCGUGACCGAUACUGUUACCCAACAGGAUGUUGAAAAUCUAGAUCAUUUGAUUUCACGCAAACAGACUCAAAGGAUUUAUGAUGAUUCGUUCUAUCCCCUGUCUUCACCUAUUAGGGUUUAUGUGUAUACUAUGCCAUCGAAAUUUACUUAUGAUUUGCUGUGGUUGUUUCGAAGUACGUAUAAAGAGACCCAUAAUCUCACUUCCAAUGGCAGCCCUGUUCACCGAUUAAUUGAACAACAUUCAAUUGAUUACUGGUUAUGGGCCGAUUCGAUAGCACCGGAAUCUAAGAGGUUGUUGAAGAAUGUGGUUAGAGUUCACAAGCAGGAGGAAGCUGAUUUUUUCUACAUUCCAUUUUUCACUACGAUUAGCUUCUUUUUGCUGGAAAAAGGACAAUGCAAGGCGCUUUAUAGGGUGUGAGUGCGUUCCCAAUUACUUUUUUUUUUUUUAUUCUUUCCUCUUGCUAAUAUGAUUGAUUAUUUGCACCUAUUUUACAAAUAACGGAAGCCCUUACUGAAUUAUUGUAAAAGAGAUCUAGAAAUCAGUAUGCUCUUGCAGUUAGUGAGUUUAUGCAUUUUAAUGUUGUUUGCAUUUGAUCGUGAAUUAUGAAAAUUGACCAUUGGGAACAUUCACUUCUCAGCAAGAAUCGUUGGAUGAUAUCAUGUACUGGUAUAUAACAUUCUGUCUGUUGCUCAAUCUUCUGUAAAAAUUUAAGCACUGUGAAGGGUAAUUUUAAGAGUUGCUGUAUGCUUUGUAUGUGAUAGCCAUUCAUCCUACUCAUCCUCUUGAUAAGAUUUAAAUAUACUAUGUGACAGCAGGUAAACUACCCAUGAAAUUUAUGCCAGCUUCAUUUGAAUGUAAAUAAUCCAACAUCUGUUGGCAUUCUCUUUAUCUGGUGCAUGUAAAAUUUAACAUGUUUUGGCAGUUUUAGAAGUACAUAUUUUCACAGGACGAGAUCCAAGAGGGUAGUGAGUGUUGAUAAAUAUACAAUGGUGAAUUUCGUUCUAGGCUGUAUCAUGUCUGGUGGGGUAUAGUAUUUGCAUGUAUGAAGGGUUUCUCAUUCUAUCAGUAUCACUAAGUAUCUAUUUAUAGAUGUGUAAUAUGAUGUCACAUAUGUUAAAUCUAAACCUGAAAUUUGGU